AUGGUGAACAACUUAUCUCAACUGGGUUUGGGAUUUCUUGAUCCAUCUCUCGUUCUACCGCCACCGAUUAACGGUGUCUCUGGUGCCGGAAAACAGCCGGUUCAGGGAAGAUGUGUAAAAGUAGAUAGAGCAUAUUGUUUGCCUUGUUACAUGUUCAGAGACCAAGGUGGGAAUCAUGGGACAGAUGCAUUUGUGACGGAGGGAUUCAAUAGUUGGAGUAAGAAAGACAAACUUACGCUUCAUCAGGAUUUGGUUAGACAAAACCAAUCAAUUGUUGUUGCCCUUCACAAGCAAACAGAACUCAUGAAGACCGAGUAUCACAUGCGAUUGAAUGCUUCCAUUAAAGUUUGUAGAUACUUGUUGAAGAAUGCUUUACCAUUUUGUGGCAACGAUGAGUCGGAAAAGUCUAUGUAUAAAGGGAUUUUCUUGUGGACUUUAAAGUUAAUCGGAAGAAUAAAUGGUGAUAUAGAAAAGGUUAUGUUACAAAAUGCCCCGAAGAACAAUCAAAUUACAUCUCCAAAGAUUCAAAAAGAUCUUGUUACUUGCUUUGCAGAAGAAGUGUUGAAAUCCAUUACUAGGGAAAUUGGUGAUGAUGUAUUUGCUUUGUUAGUGGAUGAGUCUAGCGAUGUCUCUAGAAAAGAACAAAUGGUCGUGGUUUUAAGGUUUGUUGACAAAGUCCGAGUUGUUCAGGAAAGAUUUAUCGGCGUUGUUCAUGUGAUGGAUACAUCUGCUUUAAGUCUUAAAUAUGUUAUGGAUGCUUUAUUUUCAAAACAUGGAUUGAGUUUCAAAAAGGUAAAAAAGGUUUAUUAA